AUGGAUCCUUCCAGCUGGCCUCCCGAAGAGUUCCCUCGGCUGUCGUCAGAGUCAGACAUUGUCUCGCCGCAGUCCACUUCAUCGUUGAGUCUCCUCUCGCAUCCUGCGGCGCCUGUCCCGUCUGCCCCGUCAUCGGCCGCACCGGCUGCAUCGGCUUCCUCCGUCGGAAGGCUCCUGAGCAAAGAUACUUUCUCGGAUCUUUCUGCCCGGACCAACGCUCUCUUUGGCCUGGUCUCAACCAAGGUCGUGGCCGCCGUGCUUCCGCCGGCCCCGGCGUCAUCUUCAUUGUCCGCCACGGCCCCAGCCGCAGCGUCAUCCGCCGUAUCAUCUCCAGCCCCGGUCCCAGCUCCAGCCUCGCCUUCGGCUUCAGCUUUAGCUUCGGCUGCGGCUCCAUCUGCGACCGCAGAUCUCGAUCCUGACUCUGUCUCGGUCGCGUCCACCACCAGCAGCCUCGUCGAUGUCUCGGAGCUCCGAGACUCGGUCGACACAGGCUACUCCAAACCUCCCGAAGGAUUAGGAUCGCAGCGCCGCCCUUCCUCGCAGAGGACUUGGGCGUUGCCCAAUCCAGAAUCCACCACCUGCUUCGUCGGCAUCAUCUUCAUCAACGACAACGACGGCAACAACUUUGGCCGCGGCUCCGCCAGCCGCUGCCGUUUCAACAUCCUCCGCAGCAUCUGCAACUUCCACCUCCUCUACUGCCUCGACAUCGACAGAAAGAUCCCGCCCUCCACAUCACUCCCCUCUUCUCGUCGAACUUACGCAUCCGCCAGUGGCAUCCAAACACUCCAACGAGCCGCAUCUGCAAAGUCGCCCAAACCCAACUCCGGACAUGAGGCUCCCCUUCUGAAUCGUCGCACUGCCGAUGGCUCUGUCUCAAGUUCCUCUGGUCCGGCGGAACGGGAGCAUUCCGCCGAUGCUCACGAGGCAUCGUCGCUGGCGGCAACUCCCUCAGCCACAUCUGUAUCUGCAUCGCUCUCCGGCAAAGCGACAUCCGACCCAGCGGCCGUACCAUUGUCCUCGUCCACCUCCUCGUCUGCACCCAUGGUUGGAUCGAGAUCGACCACCCCAACCCCCGAGCUGUCUUUCUCGUCCCAAAAGACUUUGUCACCGACUCCCAAGGUCCUGUCCGCGCACCCAAACGCACCAUCGCAACAAUCCUCUGCUCCUCCCAACGGAAUCAGCCGCUCUGGCACACCCUCGCGCCUACAGGAGGCUCCACUGCCCUCCUCGGCAACGUCGCUUUCGGCCAAUGCAGCAGCACCGGAUCCAGAGUCGGCCCCGUCGCUGCAUUCGCUGUCGUCCACAGAUGCGUCUGUCUCGAAACCCACCGGACGCUCCUCGUCGCCUCUCCCGCUGGAGGACGUGUCCGGAUCGGGUAGUCUGCCGGCGUCCUCGUCGAGCGCCUCGGGUUCGCCGCCUCGGCAAGGCAGCCAGGUCUCGCCAUCCUCAACGCCGCCUCUGAAUGCCUCUGGGUUGCCUUCCAAGCUGCUUCGCCGCACAUCCACCUCACAGGAACGGCGCAACUCUGCCGGCGGCGGCAGCAGCUUCCAGCUGCCCCGCAAGCGGUUCAGCAUGGGCUCAACCGCAUCUGCCUUUUACGAAUUCGACGCUCCCGUCGACGACAACUCGGACCUCUCGGCCCAGGAGGCAGUUGCGCUGCUCAACACGGCCACCGAGAGCACCGCGGCCUUUGCGUCGGAGAAGAAGAACCAGGAUUUCCACGACCUGUUCCUCGAGAUACCCAAGACCGAGCUGCUGAUGGAGGAAUUUAUCUGUGCCUGGCAAAAGGAGGUGCUCAUCCAGGGCAAGCUGUAUAUCUCGCAGUACCACAUCAACUUUUACGCCAAGCUCUUUGGCUGGGUGCACUCGGUCUCGAUCCCGCUCGAGGACAUUGUCUCGGUCGAGAAGCGCGCCAUCGGCGGCAUCAUCCCCAACUCACUCGAGGUCAUUACCAAAUCCGCAAAGUACUUCUUUGCCAGCUUUAUCCAGCGCGACCAAGCUCUGGCCAUGAUCCAGACGCUGCUCGACACCGGUCCCAACAGCCACAUCAAGAUGCGCACCUUCCGAAAGACGGUUGUUGGCACUUGCACCUGCCCCGAGGGCAAGACAGGCGAGUGCGACUACUGCAAGGCCGUCAGCGAGGUCGACCUCGAAGAGUCGAUCACUGAGUGGCAGGGCCGCGAUACCGACCAUGACUCGGAUAGCGACGAGUCCUUCCACGACCCCGACGGGCAUGAGCCCGCCCUUCCGGACGCUUCGGCGACCCCCGGCAUCGACAUCCCCCGGAUCCGUGGCCGUCCCGGACAUCUUGCAAAGCUCUCCCGCAACGCCAAUCGCAGCCAAUCCGCCGACUCUCCUCGAGAUAGUCCUCCGGAUCGUGGCGAGGGCUCGGCUGGCAUCCUGGUUGGGUCCGCCCCUCAACUCUCUCAUUUUGAUGGUGUCGCUCAUCCAUCUGCGCAAGACGGCGCUGGCUCUGCCGGGUCGGUCACGCCAGAGGCUCGCAAGAGCCAGCGUGCACUUGGUGCUCCCGAGAAGCCUGCGGGCCAGCUCGCAGCCGUCAGAUCCGACAGCACCCCAGUCUCCAAACAGGCCCUGCUGCUCCCACGCGUGCUACAGGCGACUUCGGGCGCCCGGCUGUCCGACAAGGAUGGCGACAGCUCCACCGGCUGGCUGCCACCCACUCUCUACACGAAUCCGCUCGAGCUCCCUGCCCGCCGCCUUUCACACGCAAAUGUCUCUGGGCUCCCAACCCUCGGCCUCGCUGAGCUUGCGGCCGAGCGCACCCUCACCAGCCAUUCGAAUCAAGUCACCCCAACAUCCGUGGCCUCGGAGCGAGUCAGCGAAGCCUCAGCGACGCGGUCGACGGCCAGCGACGAGCGGGAUUCCAAAAUCCGGAAACCCACGGCCUUGGACUCUGCGCGCUCAUCGCUGACGUCGGACGAGCCCACGCCGAUCAAGCCCAAUCUUCACAUUGUUCAUCGCAAGCACCCCAUCGAAGUGCAUCCGAUCCUGCGUGACGGCUACGCUGCGGCCCCCGAGCCCAAACUCUUGGAUCCCCUAGCUCCAAAAGCACCAGCCGUUCGAUCCGAAUCGAUCACUGGCGUCUCUCCCAAGGGCACCUCGCCGGCCAAGCCUGCAGCGGUGUCGGCACAGCCCGUGUCGAAACGAGACGCUGCGCCAACAAGGUCGGCUGCCAGAAAGCCCCGACCGCCGCCGGCAACGAAAAUACACUCUGGGCCGGCGACGUGUCCCUGUGGCGAGAUUCGCAAGAAGCAGACGCCGAUCCUGGAUCAGCACGUGGAUACGAGUCUCCGCAAUGUUUGGGACCUGAUCUUUGGAAACAAGACCAUCGCCCUCGAGACAGGCACGAGCGUAGUCUACAUUGCCGACUUUUUUGGAUCGGUAAUGAAGUACAGAGAUCUCAAAAUGACUGCUUGGGCAUCGAGCGUCGAUGCUGUCGGCGAUCCCGUCUCGUCUGGAUUCAAAGACAUGGUGCUCGCAUUCGACCAGAUUCGCGUCGGCCAGGCACGCAAGGUCGAUUAUGUCGUGCCCUUGACCCAUCCUAUGGGGCCAAAGCAAACCCGCUGUCACAUCACCGACCGCAUUAUCGAGAAAGGUGACAGAUACUUUUGCAUCCUGCAGACAUCGAUCACUCCAGAUGUGCCCUCUGGAAGCUGCUUCAAGACCCACCAGCGCAUGUGCUUCUCCGAGGACCAUGCUCACCGAACGCGCAUCCAGUACAGCUCCGAGAUUGAGUUCACUCAGAGCACAUGGAUCAAGUUGGCCAUCAGUCACGCUGUCCCCGAUGGCCUGAAGAACACCAGCAAGCAUCUUGCUGAAAGCCUGCACCGAUACAUCGCCAAGCAUCCCGAUCCUGACUCGGAAGUCGAGCUUGAGAUCGAGUCCGAGUCCGAGCUCGAAGCUGAGCUGGACGACGAGAACAAAGCCGCUGCACAAGAGACGCACGAGCCGCAGGCCAUCGACAGCAAGACCGAAUACCCAGAGCAGUUCGAAGAGAAACCGGGGGCGACAAGGACAAGCGGAUUGCCCGAGAUCGAAGACGUUGCCAAUGUCCCUGCCCCUGGAUCAACGCAGCCACUGACUCAGCCGCAGAGGGUAGUGUCGGCCUCCUCAGCUCCGAAAAAGCGCACCGGCGUGGCCACGUCCACGGCGCUUGUCAAUUCCCGAGGCUCGCCAAUUCCGUUCCGCGACGCCCUGGGUGUUGUUGUUGAAGUCUUGAUUCAGUCCAGGUUGCUGAUGUGCAUCUUUGUGACCUGGGUCAGCCUGAAUCUGCUCCUGAUCCUGAUGGUGCUGUACAACCAGCUCACCAUUCUGCGGCUCCAGGCUGCUGUUGACCGACUGGUGGGUGGAUCGUCGGCUGUCGGUCGAGUUGAGCUGUAG